GAUUAGAUCCAACAUUUUUAAAAGAUAUCGAAAAGUCUCAUUGGCCAAAACAAGAGUCACUGUUGACUGCCGUUUUAUCCACUCUUUAAAAGCCUCUUUACUCGGCCGAUCACCACAACCACCACGACCCCUCCGAUGUCGUCCACCAUAACCACCGCCAUCAUCCUCUUACUCUUCAUCACUCUAAUCAACAUCCCAAAUUCUCAAUCACAAUCUCCCAAAUUCCCAUGUCAACCACCACACCACAACUCCUACCCCUUCUGCAACACCGCCUUACCGAUACCCACCAGAGCCCAAUCCCUCCUCUCUCUCCUCUCUCUUUCCGAGAAGAUCAAACGCCUCUCCAACAACGACACCGGCAUUCCCCGUCUCGGCAUCCCUCCCUACGAGUGGUGGUCGGAAUCUCUCCACGGCAUCGCCUCUAAUGGCCCCGGUGUCACAUUUGAAACCGGACCCAUCCCCGCCGCCACCGGCUUCCCACAAGUCAUUCUCACCACAUCAUCUUUCAAUCGGACGUUAUGGUUUUCAAUUGCUUCGGUUAUCGCCGUUGAAGCAAGGGCAAUGUACAACGUGGGUCAAGCCGGGUUGACUUUCUGGGCUCCGACGAUUAACAUUUUCCGAGACCCAAGAUGGGGAAGAGGGCAGGAAACCCCCGGCGAGGAUCCAAUGGUGGUGUCCGCUUACAGUGUUGAGUAUGUGAGAGGAUUUCAGGGGGAGAAGACGACCGAAGGUAGAAACAGGUAUCAAGAUACGAAGAGAAAGGGUAGGAGGAGGGUAUUGUCAGGCGCCGACGACAACCACGGCGGAGACGGCGGUGGUGAUGAGUUGAUGGUGUCUGCUUGUUGUAAGCAUUUCAGUGCUUAUGAUUUGGAAUUUUGGGGGAAUUACGCCAGAUACAACUUCAACGCCAUUGUAACAGAGCAGGAUAUGCAGGACACAUAUGAACCACCGUUUAGAAGUUGUAUACAAAAGGCGAAAGCAAGUUGCUUAAUGUGUUCAUAUAAUGCAGUAAAUGGAAUCCCAGCUUGUGCUGAUAAGAAGCUUUUACAAAAAGCUCGAACAGAAUGGGGAUUUAAAGGAUAUAUAACUUCAGAUUGUGAUGCUGUGGCCACUAUAUACGAAUAUCAAAACUACACUAAAAGCCCUGAAGAUGCUGUGGCCAUUGCUCUAAAAGCUGGAACGGAUAUUAACUGUGGGACCUACAUGUUGAUACACACAAAGUCGGCAGUUGAAAAGGGGAAAGUGAAAGAAGAAGAAAUCGAUAAAGCUCUUCUCAAUUUAUUUAAAGUUCAACUUCGUUUAGGACUCUAUGAUGGGGACCUGAUAAAAGGGAAAUAUGGAAAAUUUGGACCUCAAGAUGUUUGCACUUCAAAUCACAAGAAUCUUGCCCUUGAAGCAGCAAAACAAGGGAUUGUACUUCUCAAGAAUGAUAACAAUUUUUUACCUUUGAAAAAGAAUCUUGUUUCAUCGUUAGCUGUUAUUGGUCCAAUGGCAAAUGCAACAAGCAAAUUGGGCGGGGGAUACAUAGGAGUUCCAUGUAGCCCAAAAAGCAUAAUCGAUGGGUUUAAAAAAUACAUAAAGAAAACAAGUCAUUCAUCGGGAUGUGUAGACGUGGCAUGCGCUUCCAAUUCGAAAUUUCCAGAAGCAAUUUCCAUCUCAAAAGAAGCCGAAUUUGUAAUUAUUGUGGCUGGAAUUGAUUUGAGUCAAGAAACCGAAGAUCAUGAUAGAUUUAGUCUUCUUCUACCAGGGUAUCAAUCGGCUUUGAUUACAACAAUUGCUGCUAUAAGUAAAAAGCCGAUAGUUUUAGUUUUGACAGGUGGUGGGCCCCUUGAUGUUUCUUUUGCUCAAGGGGACCCACGGAUUGCUACCAUUAUUUGGGUCGGGUACCCGGGUGAAGGUGGUGGUGCUGCACUUGCUCAGAUUGUGUUUGGAGAUCAUAAUCCUGGUGGAAAACUACCCGUGACAUGGUAUCCACAAUCCUUCACAAGCGUAGCAAUGAACGACAUGCACAUGAGACCCAAUCUUUCUCAUAAUUAUCCCGGAAGAACAUAUCGUUUCUACACGGGUCCCACAGUCUACAAAUUCGGACACGGAUUAAGUUACUCAAAUUACACCUACAACAUCCUCUCACCACCCACCAAAUCCAUUCUUCAUGUUUUCAAUUCACAAAAAACCAACAUAUUACAACAAACCAUAACAGGCUCUUCCAACUAUCUUUACGUCGAUAAAAUCCAACAACAUUGUGAUUCUUUAAGAUUCCCAAUUCAAAUCUCAAUCACAAAUCAUGGCCCAUUUGAUGGAAGCACAGUUGUGAUGUUAUUUGCACAAGUCCCCAAGGGUUUUGAACAAGGUGCACCAUUGAAACAACUUGUGGAGUUUGAACGUGUGCAUACGCUUUCUUAUUUGGAUACAAAUUUACGGAUUCUUGUGGAUCCGUGUAAGCAUCUUAGCAUUGUUGAUGAGUUUGGGAAGAUGAUAUUGCCUUUGGGUGAUCAUACCCUUUUGCUAGACGAUUUACACCAUAUUGUUUCCAUUGCUAUGUGAUCGGAAGAUUAAAAAAAAAAAAAAAAAAGAGAUUAGAAAUGUGUUUUAAUGGCAAUGUGAGUAUUUGUGUACAAUAUUGUAAUAGUAUUGAGAUAAUGAUGAGAAACAUAAACAACAAAAUAGGAAGAAAUAAAGCAUGUUUUUUUAAUUAA